UGGAGGAGAGGGCCCCACGGAGGGUGGGAACACACUUCUCCAAAGCCCCAAUUCCUUAUCUUAAGUGACCAGGAGAAGGAACACAAUUUAUGCCUUCCUGGAGGAAGAAGGCCCCACGGAAGUUGGGACUGUGCUUCUAUCUUAAGCGGUCAUGCCUGCAGGAAAAGAGAGGCAACUCCACAAUGAACCCACCCCCCACCAAAGCUCACUGACCGAUUCCAGUGAACUCCAGGUGUGGGAACUGCGCAUGUUGAGAUCAUCAACUAACACACUAUAAAAGAAGAGAGAACGAGUCCUCAGUGCGCGCCCUCCGGAACUGGAUCUCUACUCUGGCUGGACCAACGCUGGACCCAGGACUGAAUUCCUGAGUUGGGGGGAGGACACAGAGAGCUUGGCAGCAGACUGCGUUGGAGUUCUUGCAUCGGCACCUACGCCACGUAAGAGCAAGAGGUCGCUAUAAACUUAUUAGCCUUUUUACACGCAAUGAGCACAUUCUGCUGAUCUACGGAUGCUUUAAUCAGAGCAAUUCCAGUCAAGAGAGCUUGAAGUUUAAGGCUAGUUUGUAUGCAUCUGUAAUAAGUAACACAUCCUGCACAUGGCCUGUAUGAGGUUGUUUUACAGAAGCUGCAUGAGCGCCUUGGAGGGUGCAUCUCAGCCUCUCGGAUGGAUCCCAACCACUAGCAGCACUGCUUGACAUCUCCUCCAAUCCUAUCCCUCUAAUCAUUGUUUAUUUUUGUAUAUAUUUUGCAGGUUAUCAGAAGUCCACGGCAGGACUUAUGUUUUCACUUGAUGAGUGGGCCAUUACCUGUAUUGUUUGUUUGAUUUUGUUUGUGAUAUUCUUAUGGUAUAACAGGGAAAGAUGGUUUGGAACUCCUUCCUCCUUGCCUUUCUUAGCUUUGGUGCAUCUGGACAAGGAGAAAGGACCUCCAAUUUAGCUUGGGAAGUGAUACAAGGAUUCAUACAUGUCUGGAAUAGAACGGAUCAGGGGAUCUGUAUUCAGAUUCCUACUUCUGCCGAGCAGGGGAUUAGACUUGGUUUGAUACCCAUGAAGCUCAAUAUUGGAAAACAUAAUAUGAGCAAUGGCAUUAUAGGGUUAGUAGAUGCUCCUUUUGAGUAUCAAUAUCAAAGUGAUUAUACCUCCUCUGGCAGAUGGUGGCGAGAUGAAGCAGCCUUCUAUGAGAUCCCUCGGGACACGGGGUGGCCUGACUUAAUAAACAAAACUUGUAAGCGAUGGAGAUUGGAGGUCAGUCGUGAAACUGGUAUUAGUCAUAGCCCACCGUGUCCUCCAGGAUUCAAGGAAGCCUAUUCUAGACAAUUCCCACCUUCUCCAUCCUGGUGGAGAAUAACAGGCUGCCCUUUCUAUCACAAUAUAUCUUGUAAUCUAGUGCCCUUUUGGCCUGCUUCCCCAGAAAUUACCCCUUUUGAAUUGCAAUAUAAUGUAAGAUGGGAUUCAGCUUGGUGUGUUCACAUACCUGACAGGAAGGGACAAUAUCCUUCAAUGAAUAACGUCCACACUGCUUGGGGAUGGUCAGUGAAACACAUGUUAAAAACCCAACCUCUUCGCUUAUUAAAGAAAGAAUUUGUGGGCACACCCAACCCCAGUGAUGCCCAUUUGUUAAACUGUACCCACAUUAUAGAUUGUACCAGAGGUGCUGGCAAUCCCAUCGAAACGUGGAUCAGUUUAGAAGUUAGAACCAUAAUUCGAGAUAUGUGCACCUGUUGGGGAUAUCCUAAUUUUGGAUACCGAAACCGGGAUAACCAAUGUAAUCAGAUCACCAAUAAUGUUAAUAUCUGGCUAAAAUGUGGAAUUCCCAUUAACCACUUCCCAAGACAUAAGGUGGGGGAGGAUAAUCAAAUACCCCGGGGAGACACAGCUACUUGUCAAAAUGCUUUGACAGCCGCCCCUGAGGGGACCGUCUGGGGGUGCUCAGAUGGGAAAAUGUACUCGCACUUGAAUGUUAUCAAACAGGCUGGAUUGCAGUGUGGUUUGGGAAAUCCUACUAUGUGUCCCAGGCAAAUCUUUGAAUAUACCACACCACCUAUUCACAGGAAAAAACGAGAACUUGAUGACCCAAGUAGCACCCAGAAGUGGAUUCAAAGCAUUCUAAAACCCGAUUAUUAUACCUGGGGACAGAAGGUAUCGUUAGAGCUAGAAGCAUUCUUUGCACCAUCUGGGUAUAUUGUUCGGCACCAAUGGGUGCUAGAAAACCUAACUUGCCAAGUACAUGUAUUAAGUAAUUGGACUCGAUAUGCCUUUGGGGAACUAAAUCUGCAAGUGCAACAAGUAUCAAAAAUGGCAUUACAGAAUCGUUUAGCCUUAGAUAUGUUAUUGUUAAAAGAACAAGGUGUGUGUGGUAUGUUGAACUUGACUGAAUCAGAAUGUUGUAUUACCAUUCAUAAUGCCACGACCUCCAUUGAAGAAGCCCGGGCAAAGAUGAAGGAGAUUGCCGACCAGACGGGGGAACUCUUCCACGCAAUGCAACCAGCUGACUGGUUUGAUGGCUGGAAUCCAAACUCAUGGCUACAUUCCAUUUUGGGAUCCUUGGGACUGACGGGAUGGGGAAAAUGGCUUGUAAAUAUUGGACUUAUGAUAUUAAUUGGCUUUAUAUGUUUAAUAACAGGCCUUGCCAUAGUAAGAUGUAUGAUUAGCCACUUGCUAUCCUCAGCUGUCUCUCUCUCUCUUCUCCUACUGUCCGCUAUAUUAAAAUCACCACAGACAAAGAUGAUAUGAGCAAGAAUCAAAGUCCAGCGACUGUUUGAGCCACGGGGUGGUGUGAUGGUCUGACAAAUUCAAUGUCUCAAACAUCCAUUAAAGAGCUUUGCUGGAGAAAACGGCCUCUGUAAAAAUGCUGGAGUUUUGUGAACAGGACAAUGUGGCUGGAGGAGAGGGCCCCACGGAGGGUGGGAACACACUUCUCCAAAGCCCCAAUUCCUUAUCUUAAGUGACCAGGAGAAGGAACACAAUUUAUGCCUUCCUGGAGGAAGAAGGCCCCACGGAAGUUGGGACUGUGCUUCUAUCUUAAGCGGUCAUGCCUGCAGGAAAAGAGAGGCAACUCCACAAUGAACCCACCCCCCACCAAAGCUCACUGACCGAUUCCAGUGAACUCCAGGUGUGGGAACUGCGCAUGUUGAGAUCAUCAACUAACACACUAUAAAAGAAGAGAGAACGAGUCCUCAGUGCGCGCCCUCCGGAACUGGAUCUCUACUCUGGCUGGACCAACGCUGGACCCAGGACUGGUGAAACCCUUCUCUUCUCUUCUCUCUUUCUUUCUUUCUCUCAUUCUCUCAUUCUCUCUCU